CACAAGCAACCUUUUGCUCCAGGCAGAAGAGAUGGAAUAGAUUUUUUACCUGUUUUCAAGUGGCUUAUAAGAUUGUUUCUAACGUGUUUGACGCCAAUCGAAUCGCUGCUAACAAUAGUGCAAUUAUAGUUCGAAGACAGUACAUCGCGAAUCAGUGUUUUAGCCCACUAACUUGCUAGAUGCAAUCAAAUCUAUAUUCGGAAGAUUUAUUGUUCAACUAUUGGAAUGAAUUUGACGGGGGGCCUGCCAACUAUCCUCCACCGCUGCAACAACCCCAUCAACCUCCCCCUCCCACAAUGAUGGGUCCACAGUUCGAUAACGGUAGUUUUAACUUUGUUCCCCCGCCGGCCGGUAUCAGUAUGCCACCGAUGCCCAUGGUACCGAUGAUGCCGGGACCAUGUCCACCAAAUCCCAUGAUGGGGCCAAUCCACAGAGGAUACGCCAGAUAUCCUCCACCUUUGGCAGCGCUUCAAGUGAUACAGCCACCUAUAUCACAACCACAACCACCGCCGCCCAUCGUACCAUCCACUCACCAUUUCAAUUUUCAACCACAACCACCUCCGCCACAAUUCCCAGUAGCAAUACCACCAGUGCCAGUACCACUCAAUCUGGAACCAAUCGUUAGCCGGCCUGCACCCAAUGAGGCAGCACCGGCGGAGGAGGUAGUAGUGAAAAAUGGGCAAGUGUUUCAUAUCAGUUUUCUGGACGAUCCAGUGGAACCUGAAAACUCUGCCCCCGCAAAUCCUACGCCUGCAAAUGAAGAUGCAGAUAAUGAUGAGGAACGAGAUUGGAUCAAUUACGAUGAAUUACCUUUGCUUAAGCACGUUGCAGGGGGCGAAACAGAGGAAGGAGUGUUUAAAUGCGGGAUUUGCACAAAAGAGUUGAAAUCAGCUCUGAAUUUAUAUGUUCACGAACAAACGCACAAAACUACUCGAUUAGAUUGCAAAAUAUGCGGCAAGCGAUUCAAUCGAAUUGGUAAAUUGGAACAUCAUGUGCGUCGACAUCAUCCCGAUUCUACACCGGAAAGGAAUUCCUCUCCAAACAGCGCAUCCAGUACGCCCGUUUUGAGCGACUUCAACCAUUACUGUGUAGAUUGUGAGGAAUUUUUCGGCAGCCGCGAGGAGCUGGGAAAUCACUUCGAGCAAAACCAUCGACUUAUUGAUGACGAUGGAAACGGGCCGAAGGGUUUGAAAAAAUCCAUCGGUUGUCCCUACUGUGACGAAACGUUCGAAUGGCCCUGUCUGCUCAAAACUCAUAUGACAAAGCACACGGGCGAGAAGCCGUUCAUCUGCGAACGAUGCAAUGUGUCGUUUAGAUUCGUACAAAGCUUCUAUAGACACAACCGUCGGGUUCAUGGACGAGAGAAAUAGAUUCUGCUCACAUAAAUAUCGCUAAAAUUAGAACAUAAACGUAAAACAUGGCCGCUGCAAUUAUUGAAGCAUUCAACGACACAUAUAAGCACUAGAUCCUAGUAAAAUUUGAUGAGAUUAUCGAAGUGGUUGGAAACAAAAAGGAAAGCAUCCCUCAAAACACAAUGGUAGUUUAAAAGAAACAAUGCCACAUGAUAUUAUAAAAUUGAAUCACAAAAAUAGUUUUUGGAAUGAACUGUAAAUUCACUAUAGUGUAGGAGAAAGGGCAAAACAAUAAGUACACUUUGGUGUACAAGAAAGGCAAAACUCAUAAAAAAAGUUUCUAACAAAUAAAAAAAAGAAAGAAAAAGUUUGGAAAUACGUAAAUUUGUUGUCCACUCAUGAACAUUAUCUUCCACUGAACAAAGAAAAUAAACAAUUUGGUUUCGACCUGAUAAUUACAGUCUUGCCAUUGCUUUCUAAAUCAUACACGCAAGUAGAAGAUACUUAAGCAUAAAUAGUUUUAAGAUCAAAACACGUGAAAUUCAUCACAUUUUUCUUGAUAUUGUAACUAUCACCGGUCUGUGUUACUGUUGUAUACUUUCGAUUAUGAAAAGACCUGUGCAUUGUUUAAGUUUAAUCUAAAAAAAAAACUCUGUGUUAUUCUAUUUAUCACCGAAAUUAAUCAUCUGCGAUUCCUAGUAAUUGGACUUCAUUUGUUACCAUCUCACUCAAUAAUGACAUUUUUUAAGAACUCGAAUAAGCAAAGCUUUUAUGUAUGAAUAUUUCAUUGAGAAUGGAUCAUCACAGUCUUCUGAGGUUAAGUUGAAUAAGAUAACAACAAUCUUCCUUGUGUUAAUAGACAAACCCCGUCUCCAACAUAAUAAUUCAGUUGUAAUCUUACUAAUAAAAUAACGUGAAAACUU